AUGAAGGAGGAGCCGGCGCCGCUGACUGGUCUGGGGUCAGUUUGUCCCUGGCUGUCAUCCGAUGGGCCGGAUGCAAAACUUCGUACUCAGAGGGAUGUAGGUCUCGCCCGAGCACACUUCGAGAAACAGCCACCUGCCAAUCUGCGCAAGUCAAACUUCUUCCACUUUGUGUUAGCUUUGUAUGACAGUCAGGGUCAAUCUGUGGAGAUUGAACACACUGAGUUUGUGGACUUUGUGGAAAAGGAGAAGGAGCCAGUAAAUGAAAAGACAAACAAUGGAAUUCACUACAAACUCCAGUUACUGUACAGCAAUGGUGUCAGGACAGAGCAGGAUCUGUACAUCCGAUUGAUAGACUCUGUGACCAAAGAGGUCAUUGUGUUUGAAGGUCAGGAUAAAAAUCCUGAAAUAUGUCGUGUUCUUCUUACACAUGAGACAAUGUGCAGCCGAUGCUGUGAAAGGAAAAGUUGUGGAAACAGGAAAGAGACUCCAUCAAAUCCGGCCAUUAUUGACAGGUUCUUCCUUAAAUUUUUCCUCAAAUGCAAUCAAAACUGUCUUAAAAACGCUGGAAACCCACGAACCACACGUCGUUUUCAGGUGAUGGUCUCUACCACAGCCUCUGUUAAGGGCCACGUUCUAGCCAUUUCUGAUAACAUGUUUGUCCACAACAAUUCAAAGCAUGGCAGAAUAGAGAAACGAUUAGAUUUGGCUGAAGGUACAGUAAUCACACAUGAGAUCCCCUGCAUUAAGGCGAUCAGUCCGAGUGAAGGUUGGACAGCAGGUGGAGCUUCAGUUGUUAUUAUUGGAGAUGAGUUCUUCUGUGGGCUGGAAGUGGUUUUUGGAACAAUGUCAGUUUGGAGUGAGGUGAUCACACCUCAUGCGAUGCGCGUGCAGACUCCACCUCGUCACAUUCCUGGUAUUGUAGAAGUUACACUGUCCUACAAAUCGAAACAUUUCUGCAGGGGAGCUCCAGGGCGCUUUAUUUACACUGCUUUACAUGAACCAACCAUUGACUACGGGUUCCAGCGGCUGCAAAAGGUCAUUCCUCGUCACCUGGGGGAUGUGGAAAAAUUGCCAAAGGAGGUGUUACUGAAGAGAGCAGCUGACCUCAUAGAGGCAUUUUAUGGAGCCCCUCACAACAGCCAGGAAAUGAUCCUGAAGCGAGCGUCUGGCAUAGCAGGUGCUCUCCACACACUCCCACGAAACCCAAACCCAUCCCACACAAACCUGCAUGGCAUGAUGGGAGUUAUCUCAUUUGAUGGACAGUUAAGCCCAGACUUUUCACAGGAUGCAGAACGAGUGGGUUUAAACAAUGGCUUCAUUUCAAGCAGCACAACCCGACAGUCUAACUUCAAUGCCAGUGUAGGCAUGAAUGCACACACAGACACGAUUUCCACAAUUCCAAGGCACACACACACAAGCACACACUCGUCCAUGCCUGGGCACCUCCAAACAUACACACGACCCUCUGUGCCAAACGUCCCACCAACUGCCACACAAGGGGUCUUCAACAGUCCCACAGCAGACACACAGCACUACAUCGCAAAGCAAAAAAGUGCAUUCGCUCCUGUUCUGAAGCUGCAGUCCUCUCCGACACACGGUCCACAUCUUCCCAUUUGCAUGCCUUGCAUGGACUAGCAACAAAAUUAAACUCUUCCAGACAUGGAUGGACAAACACCUGAUGGUGUUUUCA